AUGGACAGCGGCCAACCUAGUGUUCCAACAAUACCUGCCUCAUCGAGCAUCUUACCUGUUUCAGGUGCCCCGUCAAUUCCAACUUUAUAUGCGCAACCUAAGACUUUUGUGCCAGUAGAUUGUAGAGUAAUGCCAGGAUACCCAUUUGCAAGUCUAGCAGGAGUUCCAUGUGUAAUUCCACCCCUCCCUGAAGACUUUGUUGCUCGAAAAACAGAUAAGGAAGGGCCCCAGAACACUCAGAACCUUCCAGAACCACACCGUUUCCACAAUGGACAACCACUUAACCCAUAUAUAUCUCCAACGGAUCAAACAGUCAUUGUCAAUGCACCGUAUCACCUUGCACAAUUUAACCCAGUUAGCGGUUCCAGCAUGUAUUCGCCUUGCAACCCAUUUGUUGCAUAUCCCUAUGGAAUUCCUGCAAGAGGACCAAUCCCAGGUUCUCAGCCAAAAAAAACUGGAUUUUAUGCUUAUUAA